AUGCAAUUUUCCUCAUUUCCAUUUGCCGGACACACAGGAAUAAACCAGCUCGGUGGCAUCUUCGUGAACGGGCGCCCCCUACCGGAUCAUGUCAGAAGUUACAUCGUGCACCUGGCGCUAAUGGGCGUGCGGCCGUGCGACAUCUCGCGGCGGCUGCUGGUAUCGCAUGGUUGUGUUUCCAAGAUUCUGUCCCGUUACUUCGAGACGGGCACAGUUACCCCAGGGUCUAUUGGAGGAAGCAGGCCGAAGGUAGCGACGCCGCUGGUUGUUCGGAAGAUCCUUGGAUACAAGCUGGAGAAGCCUGGCAUGUUCGCCUGGGAGAUCCGUCAGCGCCUCCAGGCGGAUAGGGUCUGUACGGCAGACAACCUGCCCAGCGUCUCCUCCAUUAACCGCAUCCUCAGGACUCUACCUACUUCUGUAAACUUUGUCUAA